AUGAACACCGAGUCCCUGCUCCCCUACCACACGGCCCAGAGCGGCUCGGGAGUGGGCAUGUUCAACACCACCAUGGGGAAGCUGCAGCGACAACUGCACAAGGGCGAAUACGACAUAUUCAAGCAUGCGCCUAUUUUUGAAAGCGACUUUAUCCAGAUUACCAAGAGGGGAGAAGUCAUCGAUGUGCACAACCGGGUGAGAAUGGUGACGGUGGGCAUUGCAUCCACCAGCCCGAUCCUGCCGCUCCCGGACGUCAUGCUGCUGGCCCGGCCGGCCGCGGGCUGCGAGGAGCACGGCGCGCGGGGCCAGGCCGCCAAGGGCAAAGGCCGCAAGGCUGCAAAGGCCUUGGAGCUCACCAGGCUCCUUCCGCUGAAGUUCGUGAGGAUCUCCAUUCACGACCGUGAGAAACAGCAGCUGCGCCUCAAGUUCGCCACGGGCCGCUCGUGCUACCUGCAGCUGAGCCCACCUCUGGACGGGCGGGAAGACCUCUUCGCCCACUGGGAAAAGCUCAUCUACCUCCUGCGGCCACCGGUGGACAGUAACAGCAGCACCUACGCCAUCCCGGCGGGGGACAUGCUGUGCAUGCCCGUGUUUGAGGAAGAGGACGCGAGGAGCGCGGCAGGGGCCGAUUUCCAAGGAAAAGGGGAUCAGGACCAGGUCAGCAUCCGGAGCCUCCACGUGGUCUCCGAGGUGACCGGGGCCACCUCUGCCGCUUUUGCUGGCGGGGAGGGGACCCCUCGGGACGCCCACAAACCCUCCCGGAGCACGCACGCUGCAGAGCUCGCCCUGGGGUCGGCGGCAGGUGCAGCGGCAGGUGCGGCGGCAGGUGCAGCGGCGGCGGCGGGGACAGCAGCGGGGUUCGCGACGGCGGCGGCGGCGGCGGCGGCGGCGGGCACCGCGGCAGGUGCACUGGGCGUGGCCGUCUCCAAGCCUGGGGGCGCCCCCGAACAGCCCGCGGGGCCCGGAGCGGGGAGCAGACCCAGCCUCGCCUUCGCGGGCGCCGCCAGCGCGUCCCCCAAGAGCGCGGCAGCGGCCGUGGCAGGUGCGGCCAAGACCCCGGGCUUCCCUUCGGACUCGUCCACCAGCCUCUCCCCGGAGCCCAGCAACGCCCUGGCGUUCGCCGGGGCGGGAGAGGCGGCGCAGGACGCGGCGGCGGCCCCGCUCCCCCAGGAGCCGGCGGGAAGGGGCCGCGGGGGCCGCAGGGAGCGGAGGGAGCGGCGGGAGAAGGAGCGGGCCCGCCGCGGAUCGCGCCGCCGCAGGCCCGCCGACGGCCGCCACAAGGCCUCGGGGGACAAGGCCCCCCGGAAAGCCUCCAGCCGGGCCUCCGCCGGCCACAGGGCCGCGCGCGAGGACAAGGAGCGGGGCCGCCGCAGCCCCGGGGGCGCCCCGCGCGCGCAGCACACGGGCGGCCGCGCCCCCACGGCCACGGAGUCCCGGACCUCGCACAGGUCGGGGCGCAGCGUGUCCACCGCCAGCGCGGGCUCCGCCCCCAAGAGGCUCAGCAGGAUCGGCUUGUUCCUGAGGAACGUCAGGGCCAACCUCGCGACGCGCGCCGUGGCCUCCGCGCGCCGCAGAGGCGUGGACGCGCUGGCCAAGACCGCGGAGGGCGGCGGCGUGGAGGCCGUCCUGGAGCCCGCGGAGCGGCCAGGGCCCGGCGUGCGCGGGGCGCGGGACCCAGGACGCCCUGGAGACAGCGACCUUCGGAGCCCCUUUCGGCAGCUGCACCCCACCCCGGAGACCCCAUUCCAGCUUUCCUCCCUUCCGUUGAAAUAA